AUACGACGAAGGCGGUGGGUGGGCAGAAAGGACGGACAUCAGCUUAUUAUUCUCCAAGCUUCUUCUAUCAUAUGAGCCCUUGUUCUUAGGGAUCUGUGGACCUUGUUGAUGCUGUGCGAUGGGUUCGACCAAGCCACAGCGAACCCGCAUGUCUCGGACACUCUCGCCCUUGGAAUAUCUAAUCAUCGAAUGGGACGAUAGUCGUCAAAACACGGAGAAUCGUGGUGCGAAAGGGUAUCGGCACUCAACCGUGGCCGAUGCCAGAUCUGCCAAACUUCGCGUCAUUGGCCAGCCGAGGCCGCGCCGUUUUAUAACACCGAAACACAGGGUCUCCGCCAAGCACGAAGCUCUUUCUCAGACUUGUUGACGUAUCUAUCUUGAAAAUGCUUCGCUUUCUCUCAUUUCUAACAAUACCUUCCUUGGUAGUCUUUUUCGACGGUGCGUCAUGGGGUGUAAAUACUCUGGAUGCAUGGCUUCAUACUCCACCAUCUCGGGCUCAUUUUGGCGACAAUGCUGCUGUUCGCUUUUCAGAGAGCUGGGAGGUGCUUGGGCCAUUUCAAUGUGGUACAAGAGAGGCUGUCUGGGGAGCGGAUCCUCUGGAAUACUGGGGUGGAUUCAGCAACCUGUCGUAUGAUGAAAAAGAGGAAUACAACAGUCCUCUUGCUCCUGGUGGAACUGUAAAAUGGGGGUUGGUUCGACCCAACGUUACGAGUCUUCGCCCAGAUCAGAGCGAGACGGGAAUUGUGGUAAGUUUUCCAGAAGUCGACUGGGACUUUCUCCAAUCCAUCUACGGGUGGUCUGCCCUUCAAUAUCAGGCAUGGGUACGCGGCACUCUACAUAUGAACGGCCCAAUCGACCAGACAGUCGCGAUUUUCAUGGACGGUGUCUUGGAGGUCUCCAUUGACAGUCGACGGCACUUUGGUGGGGACUUCUACAGGUAUCGUAGAGCGCCUUUGAUUUUGGAACUUGCACCUGGAGAGCAUAUCAUUGAAUUCCGCUUGAUUCGUGAUGUCCGGGCUCUGGGUGGCCAGGGUGUCCCCGCAGUCAACAUGGUCUUUGAGACUCAAAUCCGGCACGAAGUUCUCCUCGUUGACGAAUCAAGCCUUUUGAUACCAGAAACAACUGACCAGAGGCUCGGAAGCGCUUGGGCAACAGUAAACGUGCAGAGUAACACGGCAGAGUGGGUGGAGAUCACUUGCAUCAGCUCCCCCGAUAUCAUCCUAGUGAUGGGAAAGCCAGUACAUGUGGCACCGUAUCAGAUUCGACCCCUGAUUUUCCGAAUCGCGGGUGGCCAUGCGUCCAGUAUUGAACUUGCAGCCGUUGUCCGCUACCGUCUUCAUACAGAGGGCAGCGUUCGCACUCUUUCUUUCCGAUUAUCAUUCGUUGAUAAGUCACAAUCUGAGCCUCAAAGGCUGACAUAUCUCCACCCAGCGGGCAUUGUGAGCUAUGCCAUUCUUCGUCCACCCGCGUUAGAGGCACCUUGUGUGUUUGACCAACAUAGCACUUCAUUGCCUAUCCUGAUCGGCCUCCAUGGAGCCGGGCUCGAGGCUGAUAGCGAGGAAGUGCGGCGAAUGCUUGAUGCUGCCGAUGGUAUUUGCGCAUGGACGCUAUUUCCAAGCGGCGUCACUUCAUGGAGCGGUGAUGACUGGCACACUUGGGGAAACGCGGAUAUCAAGGCCGCCGUCAAUGCAAUUUCUCACUGGGUCGAAGCUGUCCGUUGGCGCGGCCAUGGCGUCCUCCCCAACGAGUGGAUAGUAGUAGGACAUUCAAAUGGAGGUCAGGGGGUGUGGUUUCUCACCACGCACCAACCGGAUAAUGUUGUCGCUGCUGCACCUGUAUCAGGAUAUUCCUCCAUUGAAAAAUACGUAUCUUUCAAUAUGUGGCAUGACACUGAGCCUCUGAUAUCGUCUAUACUCCUCCGAGCACGGUCAAGUUUUCGACACGAAAUAUUGUUGGACAACACUGCUGGUAUUCCAAUUUUGCAGCAGCAUGGCUCUGAUGACACGAAUGUUCCCGCAUACCAUUCGCGUCUUAUGCAUGCGCUACUUGAGGAAACCCGUUGGUCGUCUAAAUAUGUUGAGUUAGCUGGUAAAGGCCACUGGUUCGAUGGCGUGAUGACGACCGUUCCACUGUUGAAAUUUUAUCAAGACGCUUUGCAUCCAAAUCGAACCCAGGCUCUUACAGCUUAUACAAUAACCGUUCCAUCAUCUGGAGAUAUGGCGUCCAAGGGAGGCAUAUACGUGGAUCAAUUACAGUCUCCCGAUUUGGCUGGUCGAUUGCAUGUCAGAAGAGAUUUACAGCAUGGAGUUUGGUAUCUGAAGACACAGAAUAUCCAUCGUUUUCAUCUCACCGCUAGAGCAUGCGAAGCUGAGACGUCUAUUCUCUUAAUCAUUGGCGAACCAGGCGUCCAGUUCAGGGUCAACCUGCGGCAGUGUGAAUCCACGUGGUAUAUUAAAGAUGCUGGGGGAAAGUGGGCGAGCUCCAGGGAGACUGAAUGGCAAUCCGUAUCCCAGAGGUAUGGCCGUCAGAUAGGCGCAAUGGACGCUAUCUUGCGCACUCAUGGGCUAUUUACCAUAAGGAUGUGCUCCAGUGGUAUCGAUCACGUGGCCCUUCAGAUCAGCCGCAAUCUAUUACAAUACUUCGCUGCGGACUCUCAAAUCAUGAGGCAUUGCAACCAGUCAACAAAUCAGGACAGUAGGGACUAUGAAGCCAUACCAGGAAACAUUCUCACUCUCGCACUCGGGAAUGGACUGUCCAACUCGUCGUCCCCGUCAUACCCUAUCCGUUUGACAGAUAGUCAAGUUCUGCUUUACAAAGGGUGUUCUCGUUCCAACGCCAGAGGUGAAUUCGGCUUCAAGAAUUGCCACUGUUUUGCGUUUGAUUAUGAACCGGGUAUGGGUGCCUUGUUUCUUCGCCCUUUGGAGAAUGAGGGCCUAGAACUGGUGGUGUGGGGGGCAGAUGUCGAAGGGCUUGAACAGGCAGCCCGUCUCGUGCCCACACUUACCGGAGUUGGCCAGCCUGAACUUAUAAUUCUUAGUAGCAGUUGCCGUUGGAAAGGUCCAGCAGGCCUAUAUGCCGCUGCUCACUUUGAUUAUUCUUGGCAAAUCUCGUCGGGGUCAUACAUUGCCAACGGCAUAUAGCAUACAGAGCUGGAUAAUAGAAGACGAAUUCUACCUACGCGCCUAACCCCAACUCCAGAAAAAAAAAGCGUACCUAGUAGCAUGAGGUAGGCUGAUGUAUUGAAGAGCGUCCCUGUCAGUUCCAGGAUUGAAGUCGUUGCUUUGGCGGUAAUAGGGCUAGGCUCAAAAUGAACAUAUAGGUACGAAUGAGCAAAUUCUGGCUCAUGAUACUCGACUACUACGCCUUUACUGUAUGAUGAGGUCGCCCUUUAGAGCCUCUGCUUUGUGGACUGGUUGUUGAAUAAGCCGUCAAUUUGAGCGCAUUUUCUGCAACUUCCAUUUUCAGCAAUCUCAAAAUACCCGGCCCAAGGUUGAUGAGACUCUUGCCUGGUUUCCUUUCCCGUACCUCUUCAAUGCGCUUCCCUUAUUUUUUUUUGUUACUUCUGUCGUUGCUUCCCGAUCGCCUACUAGCACUUGCUUCUGCAAUCUAAUCUGCUGUUCUAUUUUCUCGACUCUCUGCGUCUCUCUCUUGCCGAUUUCUUUUCUAGAUACUGCAAUCUAUCCUGUGUUUUGCCUGGGGAAGGCAAGCAGAAGACUCCCCUUUCCCUUUCUCCGUGAUCUUUGAAGCAUCUCCUUCAACAUCAUCAAGUUGCCAUUGCAUGUAAGAUUGUUUGGAUCCUGUGCAGCGUGCUUGUCCUUUCCACAGCCUGUUUUCAACUUCUCUGUUCAAGCCUUUCCCCCGUCUUUGCAACUUUCUGCAAUCAGAGGUAAUACACUUUGCUUGAGGCCAAUAUGUCUUUGCUUUCUGCUGCUUCUCCGGAAACUGGCCGCAAAAGUACCGAUGAGACGCCCUCUAGUCAUGGGAGUGCUGACAUUCAUGUGGCACCUGCUGGACGGGAAACAUCAGGCCACAAGCACUCGAACCCCUGCGAUAUCUCCC